AGCCUUGACAAACAUAAGACCAAAUAACGGAGAAACGCCCAAAAGGAACACAAUCAAGAGGGAAGGAACGAACCUUCGUCACGCCUCCUCUAUUGGAUUGAUGCGCUGGAAAGUUGGGGCCUGCACAUUGGUCCGGCCCCGGACCCCGCGCCCCGCCCCUGGCUUAAACUGAAGUCAGUCCACCCGCUUCAUCGCUCAUCAUGGGCAAUUUAGAUUUCGAUCUGAACCACUUUAUGGAAAAUCUGCGGGCCUGCAAACCACCCUAUAAAUGCCCGUUCACGGAUUGCGGCAAAGUAUACAAGACCUUGGCCGGCAUCCAAUCCCACAUCUGCGCCCACGACAACGAAGAGGCCGCACGAAAUGGAGGGGCGGGCGGGGGGGCCGAAGGCUCAGGUGGGGUCAGUGGGGGGACCGGUGGGGGUCGCACCCGCAGUCCCUCGCCCGUACCCUUCUUCAAAUCGCCGGUCAAGGAGUCCCUCGUCUAUCACGAGGCCCACAAAAAAGUCGAAUUCGAAGCUGAGGGGCGGAUCCACCGAUUCUCGAUCUACGACGCCCUCCAAUUGGUGCCCAAGGACCAAUGGGAGGCCUCGCUGCCCUCAUCGGCCCUGUUAGCCCCCGUUAACACCCCACCCGCCGAGCACCCCGAAGCUAAACGUGAAGAUGCGGCGGCCUGGUCCAGUGGCACCGGGACGGCUGACGCCUCUGCCACGCCUACCUCGAGUAAAGGCGGUCCGCGCGGUCACAAGAAGAAGAAGGCCCAUCACCGAGCCUCGCAAAAACCCGGUCAAGUAGGCAAAGGUGAUAGCGGGUCGGGUGCGGGUUUGGACGGAGCUGACCCGGGCGGCGGCGGGGGCGGCAUCGAGAAGAAGUUGUUGCUGAAGCUGCCGGAAGCUCAGUUCCGUGAAGUGGAUGACUAUGAGCUCGGUCCGGCGCCCCCUAUGCCGGCCAGUUAUUAUCGGUUCAUCGAGAAAUCGGCCGAGGAACUGGACGAGGAGGUGGAAUACGACAUGGACGAAGAAGACGUGGCCUGGUUGGAGUUGAUCAACGCCAAACGCACCGAUGAACGUCUCACCAAGAUCCACGAAGACCAAUUUGAGCUCCUCAUGGAUCGGCUGGAGAAGGAGUCUUACUUUCAUGUGCAAACUAACGGCAAGGAUUAUAGUGCGCCCAUUGACGACGAUGCCAUAUGUUGCGUGUGCAUGGACGGCGAGUGCUCCAAUACCAAUGUGAUUCUAUUUUGCGAUCUCUGUAACUUGGCUGUCCAUCAGGAGUGUUACGGCGUGCCCUACAUUCCCGAAGGUCAGUGGCUGUGUCGACGGUGUCUCCAAUCACCCUCGCGCUCCGUCGAGUGUUGCUUAUGUCCCAACAAAGGCGGAGCCUUCAAGCAGACUGACGAUGGACGUUGGGCUCACGUGGUGUGCGGACUCUGGAUCCCCGAGGUCCGCUUCGCCAACACCGUGUUCCUCGAGCCCAUUGAUAGUAUUGAUAAUAUCCCACCCGCCCGAUGGAAACUCAGUUGUCGGGUGUGUAAGCAACGCGGCGUGGGCGCCUGUAUUCAGUGUCAUAAAACCAAUUGCUACACCGCUUUUCACGUGACUUGUGGCCUCUUGGCCGGACUUCACAUGAAGAUGGACACCGUGCGCGAAUCAUCGGCCACCGGGCUAUCGGUCACAGUGCGCAAGACGGCCUUUUGCGAUGUGCACACCCCGCAAGAUUCCGAUUGCAAGCCCAAGCUCGAUGAUGUGGCCUCUUUGGGCAUUUCCACCCCCAAGCAGAAGGCGCGGACGCCCAAGAAGUUGUCAGAUCCUAAUCCCGUGCCCGUGCUCUUUCGAGGUCUCAUGAACUUCUCACCCCAAUGUCCAUGGGAAAAAGUCCAGGAGAUCGCAGCUCUCAUUAGCGUGCCCAAAAAGAACCAGUUUUUCCAACGCCUCAUGGCCUACUGGACACUGAAACGUCAGACGCGCAAUGGGGUUCCCUUGAUCCGGCGAUUGCAAUUUGCUAAAGCUACCCGGCCCGACAAGAAGCCCGAAACGCCGCAAAAGAAUGCCCACCACAAGAAAAAGAAAACCGAGAAUGACAAGGCUAUUGUGAAGAAGGCCAAAGAUGAGUUCAAAGCCAUGUUGGAGCAGCGCAAGUCUCUCCGAAGGAUUCGCCAAGAUCUAGAGCGCGUGAGGCUCUUGUGCGAGUUGAUUCGAAAACGCGAACAGCGCAAGCGUGAACUUAUAGUCACCGAGACCGAAGUAGUGAAAAUGAAACUCGCACCUUUGGCUUGCUUUCUCGAAAACCUUCUCACCAACUUACAAGCCAUCGAUGUUCAGGAUAUCUUUGCCGAACCGGUCAGUUUAGACGAAGUACCUGAUUAUUUAGAUCAUAUCAAGAAACCCAUGGACUUUCUGACCAUGAAAAACAAGCUCAAUGAUUGUCUUUACUCAACGGUGGACGAUCUAGAGACUGAUUUCAAUCUCAUAGUGGAGAAUUGUCUCUCGUACAACGAGCGUGACACAAUUUUCUUCCGAGCCGGAGUUAAGAUGCGGGAUCAAGGGGGAAGUAUCAUCAGGCAAGCCAAGCGGCUGGCCGAUCAGAUUGGCUUUGAUCACAAAACCGGACUCCAUACGGCGCAAAGAACCGUGGUUCAACAAGAAGACAUGUCUGACGACAAGCUCAUGAAGGAAAUUGACAGUUUUAUGUAUAGCGAAGAGCGGGAUGAGAUGCCGGCCGAGCUUCAUCUCAAAAAGCUACUUGAGUUCAAGGACAAAGCCAAUCUUCUGCAUCAUCCCGUGGCCAAAGUAAAACGUCUCAAGCUAAUCAAGCAAGAAAUCACGAAAACCCGUCGAAAGCUCUCCAUGGACAAAACCAAUAAAGCUGCAGCAAGUAGUGGUACUAUCACGACGAAGAGCGCUAAGAAUUCCUCCACGAACAUAACCGCCGAUGAUGAAGAUAACAUGGCCUUGUCGUCCAACAAAAAGUCCAAAGCCACGGCUCAGGCGUCUUCUAUUCCAGUGGUAACACCCCAAGAGCCCGUAAUAGCUACUUCAGCGGGAGGAAGGCGGCUACGGGCGGGUAAAGAAAUUGAAGCAACUCCCAAGAAAAUGCCUGUUAAAAAGGGACGGAAACGUGCUAAGUCAACGACUGAGGGAUCUCCAACCGAUGAACAGCCUCUUGCCAAACGAAAAGCGGUAGAGGAGAAGACACCAAGUGGCAAGCAUUACCAUCCAUCGCCGGCUAAAUCGCCCGCAGGUGUCAAUCGCCGCAACGCCAUUCUUUUCACGCGAAAAAAACAAGCAGCAGUGGCUCCCAACGGUGACGAUGAGCUUAAAACGCCCGAAAAGAAAACUGCUAGUAGUAAUAAGACUAAAGAGCAAUCCCAAACUGGGCCUGACGAGGACGAAGAGGAGGAGGAGGGUGAAAAUCCCCAACCAUCUCGAGAGGAAACGCCAGCCCCGCGUGAGUUGGAUUUGGAGGAUCACGAAACCGAAAUCCAAAGCCCCAUGCCAAGUCCAGCCAAAUUUCUCCCAGUGGAAAUUCCCAAGUCCGGACCCAAGAAGAAAGGGAAAAAGAAACGUGGUCGCCCCAGGGGUAGUGGGCCCUCGUGUGAGUCGCCUGAAAAGCCCACCAGUGCUGAGAAUCCUGGCGGGGAAUCCCCGUGGAAACCCAAGACAGCCGCUCCAAGUUUUCAGGAGUAUCGCCGAGGAGGAGAUGUCCGCGAAACGGACGAAGAUACACAUUCAGAGUCCGCCACAGAUACUCACGGGACAUCCGAAGAGGAUUCAGCCGAAGACACGGAUAGUGACGACUCGGCCGUCGACCCCUCUUCAAUGACGAUUCCCCUGGAACCUUUGGAUUUGGUUUGGGCCAAAUGUCGAGGCUACCCGUGGUAUCCUGCUCUCAUCAUCAACCCAAAGAUGCCGCGAACGGGUUAUUUGCACAACGGCGUGCCCAUUCCUGUUCCCCCUCAAGAUGUGUUAGACAUGGCUAAUGCUCACGACUCGCCACAUUACCUUAUUCUUUUCUUCGAUGCCAAGCGAACUUGGCAAUGGUUACAACGAGACAAAUUGGAGCCGUUGGGCGUGGAUUCCGAGCUGGACAAGGCUAAGCUCGUUCAAUCAAAGAAGCCCAGCGAACGCAAAGCCGUGAAAAAGGCUUACGAAGACGCGAUUCUACAUCGAUGUCGAGUAACGGGCGAAAACGCUUCCGUGUCGGAUGACAACACCACAGAAACGGACAGUGACGAUGGUGACGAGUCUGGUUAAUGGAAAUGAUCUCUAAGACGAACGAACAAAGCAUUGAUGUUUAAAAUUUAGGCGCUACUUACCUUCUACUCCCCUCUAUUCUGACAGCCUCUUCCACCAGAGAAUCGCAUGGAAAUCAGAUCAUCUAUUAUCUAUCUACCUAUGUAUUUUGGGGAAACUCUCCUUCAGUAUUGAAGUAUAUUCUUGAUUGCCAUACAGCCAUCAAGGUUAGAUUGAGAUAUAUUUAUAUCGAAUUGUCGCUCUUUUCUUGCAGA